AUGAAAAAUCUAUCUGUUCUCACUCAAAGAACCUUGAUCGUCACCUCCACCACCACCAUUGACGCGGUGAGUCUGCCGAGUAUAGGCAUCGGGAGUCAUCAGAUCAAGCGGACCCACAUAGCUUGGAUCUGGAUGAAGAUUAACAAGAUCGGGAAAAUGGGCUUUUCGAUUUGGAACAGGGAGCUUCAAUGGUGGCUUUUCAUGAUAGUUAUGGAGGAAGAUCGAGAGGCUAUACAGAAUGGUGUGUGUGUCGUGGGUGGGGGCACCACCCUUGCAUGGUGGUCGUGUGAAUUCUCAUGA